AUAAAUUAUUUUGAUCUAGGAGUUAAUCGGCGAAUAUGAGCUCUGGGAUGAGUAGCCAGGCUGAAGGGGGUGCUGAGAAAACAUCCUGGCCGGAGUUGGUGGGGAAGUGCGUGGAGGAGGCCAAGAAGGUUAUUUUGAUGGACAAGCCGGACGCGAAGAUCGUCGUGGUGCCGGCGGGGUCACCGGUGACCUAUGACUACCGCACCGACCGUGUCCGCCUGUUCGUCAACACCGUUGUCGAGGUCCCCCGUGUUGGCUAGCUAGCUUGGGAGAUCGCCAGUAGGCAUACAUACAUGCAACUUGCUCUCUUCUUGGACUUACCAAGUAUGAGAUACCGCUAGAUCGUACAAUAAAAAUCUGUACCUGUACAUGCAGAUUGCCCUCUUCUUGGCUUUACCAAGAUUGAGAUAACCAGAUCAUACAAUAAGAAGUUGCUGUUCUCUUA